AUGGCGAAGCAACUCUUUGAGAAAUUCGAGGGCCACGAGCUCACUGACACCAUGUUGGAUGACGCGGCAAAGCUGUUGACUGACAACUACGGAAUCUGGGGACAAGAUCCAACCAACUCGACGAACACUCUAAAAAUAGGCAAGUUGGGGAGUCGGGUGAAGCUGACCAAGACCCGGCUUCGAAUCCAAUACCUACCUGCUGGCGCUUCUUGUUCCUAUGUCCGAGUUCUCGUCGACGGUCGCCUGGUUGGAAAUGCGGUAUUAACACCGUGGCCGUCAGCUUUAUUCGCGAUAAUGCAGAAGCGGUUAUGGAAGCAUCGCCAAUUCAGCUACGUUAAAGAGGCAAAGCUCCGCGGCAGCAUCAAUUCUGAAGAUACGAGUGGUGUCGUUUCGUCUGCUGAUACCAAGUUUUUUGUUGACCAUACCGAACCGCUCAAGGCUCUGGCACGGGUCCGAUAA